AUGACUGCUACUGCAUCGGCAACGACUGCUACUAUUGACGAAGAUCUAGAUGAAUGUGGACCUCAGCUGAUUAGUAAAUUAGAAGGUAAUGGAAUUACGUCUGGUGAUAUUAAAAAAUUAGAAGAAGCAGGAUACCAUACUGUAGAAUCUGUAGCAUAUGCUCCAAAAAAAUGGUUGAUAACAAUUAAAGGCAUUUCUGAAGCCAAAGCUGAUAAAAUUCUUUCAGAAGCUUCAAAACUUGUACCUAUGGGAUUUACUACUGCUACAGAAUUUCACCAAAAAAGAGCUGAGAUAAUCCAGCUUACAACUGGUUCAAAAGAAUUAGACAGACUGCUUGGUGGGGGCAUAGAGACAGGUUCAAUUACUGAGAUUUUUGGUGAAUUUCGCACAGGGAAAACACAAUUGUGUCACACCCUUGCAGUGACAUGUCAGUUACCAAUAGAGCAAUCAGGUGGUGAAGGCAAAUGUAUGUAUAUAGACACAGAAGGCACUUUCCGUCCAGAGCGAUUAUUGGCUGUUGCGCAGAGAUAUGGCAUGGAGGGAGCAGCGGUAUUAGACAAUGUAGCUUAUGCUAGAGCUUAUAAUACAGAUCAUCAAACACAAUUGCUAGUACAAGCAUGUGCCAUGAUGGCUGAAUCUCGAUAUUCCUUAUUAAUAGUUGACAGUGCAACAGCAUUAUACAGAACAGACUACUCUGGUAGAGGUGAACUGAACUCAAGACAACUACAUCUCGGAAGAUUUAUGAGAAUGUUAUUGAGGCUAGCUGAUGAGUUUGGCGUAGCAGUAAUAAUAACAAAUCAAGUGGUCGCGCAAGUGGAUGCAGUGGGUGUGUUUAAUGCUGAUACAAAAAAGCCUAUCGGUGGGCAUAUAAUGGCGCAUGCGUCCACCACUCGUCUUUACUUGCGGAAAGGCCGGGGAGAUAACCGUGUGUGCAAGAUAUAUGACAGUCCCUGUCUGCCGGAGACAGAAGCCAUGUUUGCUAUCAGCACUGAAGGUAUCACCGAUGCUAAGGAA